UAAUUUAAAUUAAAAUGAAAAUACAUAAAAACGACAAAAUCACGAAAAGCAAAAAAGGUGGGAGUCUUACCGGUCCUUGUCGGUAGCUGAAUAGAGCAUGUAGAAACCAGAGGGCACUCCACAGUAACCGAGUGAAAUUGGAUGCGAAGAAGAAAAUUAGGAUGAAGGUCAAGCUUUUACGUAUCCUUCUUGCUAUAAUGACUCUCUCUCUCUCUCUCUCAUUUUCUUUUAUAUCCUGAUGAUUAUUAUACCAAUUUUGUUUACAUUAAAGUGAUUGAUAAGUAAAUGGGCCUGAAGAAUUUCAGAAGUUCAUGGUGGCAUGCUGUUGCUUCAUGGACAUGGAAUGCACAGGAUGAAACAUGUGGAAUUUGUAGGAUGGCAUUUGAUGGUUGUUGUCCUGAUUGUAAAAUCCCUGGGGAUGAUUGCCCAUUAAUUUGGGGUUCAUGCAACCAUGCAUUCCAUCUUCACUGUAUCUUAAAGUGGGUGAAUUCGCAGACUUCGCAGGCGCAUUGCCCCAUGUGCCGUAGGGAAUGGCAAUUCAAAGGAUCAUGAGAGAACAUAAGGAAGUCAUGGAGUUGCUCUCCCUUAGCACAUGUUUUCAAUUAUUUUAUGUAUUUCUUUGUUUGGUUGAGGAUAGCAGUGAUGCGUAGAAAAUCUGUGCCUAUGUGUCACCUCUUCACUAGUGCAAGCUAUCCCUUUUCUCUGUUUUUCAAAAGUAAAUUAAAGAGAUUUAGAUUGAUUUUAAAGGUUGUCAAUCCAAAUUUGGAUUUAGAUUCUGGUUACACAGGUCAAGUUUCCCACCAAGUCUUAUUUUUAUUUGGACAGCUCAAUUUGAUAGCAACCACCUGAAAAUAGACAUCGAUUGUGGACCAACUUGUGUAUGUGGAUUAUCUAUUUUUUAUUUUAUUUUAUAUAGAUAUGUUAUUUUCA